AUGAUUGCAGGAAUUGUUGGUGGACUCGGUGGUAGAGCUGCGGAAGAAGUCAUCUUUGGUGAGCCAGAGGUGACUACUGGUGCAGUUGGUGACUUGCAACAGAUCACCGGUUUAGCUAAGCAGAUGGUGACAACAUUUGGAAUGUCUGAGAUCGGACCAUGGUCGUUGAUGGACUCAUCAGCUCAAAGCGAUGUGAUCAUGAGGAUGAUGGCAAGAAACUCAAUGUCUGAGAAGCUUGCAAAUGACAUUGAUUCAGCUGUGAAGACCUUAUCAGACAGAGCAUACGAGAUAGCUUUGGGGCACAUAAGGAACAACCGUGAAGCCAUGGACAAGAUUGUUGAAGUACUUUUGGAGAAAGAGACCAUGUCAGGCGAUGAGUUCCGUGCAAUCCUGUCUGAAUUUACAGAAAUCCCACCUGAAAACCGUGUUGCUUCCUCAACCUCAACACCAGCUUCUGUCUGA